CGCACGUGUGAAUGUCUUGCUUUGCUGACUGUAUAGGAUUAGCUGGAAGAUGGUUUUGGCCCUUGUUCUUUGGGGAUUCGUUCUGCUUCUGCCCCUAGCCUUAGCUUAUUACUAUAUUAAGGAUAGCCUUUGGCUAUUCUCUUCCUCUCCCAAAGGCCAGUCUAUAUUCGACGAGAAACUAAUCAUCAACCCGCCGGGAGAGACAGACAUCGAGAUAGACCAGUCUAAACGUGAUGCUGUACUCAAGAACAGCUUCUCCCCUGACAAAGUCCCCGAUAGUCUCGACGCCAUUGUUAUAGGGAGCGGGUUAGGAGGCCUGAGUGUUGCUUCACUUCUCUCUAGAGCAGGAAAGAAGGUCCUAGUCCUUGAGCAGCAUGACCAGGCCGGGGGCUGCUGUCACGUUUUCAUUGACAAAGGAUUUGAGUUUGACAUAGGGAUACACUACGUUGGGAAGAUGAACCCCGGUAAUACUAAUCGUAUCCUUAGUGACCAGUUGACCAACGGUAAACUACAAUGGCUGUCACUGGACGAGACCUACGACAUGAUUGCAUUAGGAGAAGAAUACUCCAAGAAAUACUAUGUAAAAUCUGGUCGGAAGAAACAAGUUGAGUACUUCAUUGAGCAGUUUCCAAAGGAAGAGAAAGCGAUACGUUCCUUUUAUAAAAAAAUGGAAGAUGCUGCAAAAAUUUCGUCGAUCGUAGGAUUACUUAAAUUCAUUCCAAAGUUUUUGGCAAGGUUUCUCUUAUCGUCUGGGAUUUUGAUGUGGCUGGUACCGAAUCUAAAGUACCUCAAAAUGACAGUAGAAGAAGUCCUCAAUGAAGUCACUGACAAUAAAGAUCUACGAGCUGUACUUACUUACUGCUUUGGGAAUUAUGGUACUCCUCCAGGAAAAGCUCCAUUCUACAUGCACUCACUACUCCUCCUUCACUUCCUGGAUGGGUCAUACUACCCAAAAGGCGGAUCCAGUGAAAUAGCAUACAACAUCAUACCAACCAUUGAAGCUUCCGGUGGGCGUGUGCUAGUAAGAGUGAGGGUCAAGGAGAUAUUGGUAAAGGGUGGAGCAGCUGUAGGCGUGAAAGUCUCCCGUGGGAAACAAGAAUAUGAACUAUAUGCUCCUAUAGUUAUUUCUGACGCCGGACUAACCAAUACCGUCACCAAACUGUUGCCAGCAGAGAUAGCUAGUCAAACCGGUUUGAGCAAGCUAGUAAAGAAAGUGAGACCUGGUCCCGGGUUCUUAAUGAUAUUCAUAGGGCUGGGCGGGACUAAGGAGGAGCUUGGACUAGCGGCUCAAAACACAUGGGCAUUCACCGACCCUGAUGUCAUAAAGGUCGUUGAGAAAUACUUUGCCCUCUCUGCGGAGGAGGCACGGGACUCAAGCGUACCUCUCAUGUUUGUUUCGUUUCCAUCGUCCAAGGACCCGACAUUCAACGACCGAUAUCCGGGGAAAUCUACAUGCGCAAUUGUGACCGUGACCCCAUUUGAAUGGUUCGAGGAGUGGAAGGGAGAGCAGGUUCAGAAAAGAGGAGAGGAUUAUGUUUCGUUCAAGACUAGACUCGGGAGGCGGCUCUGGGAACAGGUCUGUAAGCUCUACCCUCACCUCGAAGAUAAGCUGGAAUACAUUGAAGUUGGGACUCCAUUAAGCAACCAGUUCUACCUGGAGUCUUACAAAGGAGAGGUCUACGGCUUGGAUCAUGAUAUCAAUCGAUUUGAUCCAUCAAUCCAGACCGAUCUGCGUCCACAGCUACCAGUCGAUGGUCUGUAUCUGACUGGACAGGACGUGUUCUCUGAUGGUUUCUCCGGAGCCAUGUUUGCUGGGCUCAUUACUGCUUCGGCCGUACUCAAGAAGAACCUGAUGGGAGAUUUACAACGACUGAGAUCAAAAUGGAAAAAGUUGCACCAAGCAAAUGGAGGAGGAGGAGAAAAGAAAACUAACUAGAAGAGGAAUUAGUAAAAGAAAUAACAUUAGAACUGCUAGCUGUGAUGUGCAUACAUGUACAUGUUUUAGCUGAUUCUGUCAAAAUUUUCUUACAAAUACUUAAUUAUUAAUUAAUUAAUACAGCAUUUAUACACGUCAUUAGGAAAUAAUAACAUAUACAGCAAUUUUAAAAAUUUAA